AUGUAUACGAAUAAAGUUAUCUCGGCAAUAUCAAUAUUGCUAGCACUAUCUACUUCUAUACUAAACGUUGAAGCGCAACUUAAAGGAAAGUAUCCUCCAGUCGAUAAACCUCCGCCAUUUGAUGCUACUUGGACCGCUCUUGUUGAUCAAUCGAAACUUAUUAAAGCUCCUCUCAGAGUUCCUGGACAAUGUAAUCCUGUUGACACGUAUUGUGUUUGGUCUUGCACAAAUUGUUUGAGAGCUGAAUCCGAUGUUCAAUAUUGUCCUGAUAAGAAAGAUUGGGCACUAACAUAUGACGAUGGUCCUUCAGCUAACUCAUUGACAGUACUCGAUGCACUUGACGCUAGAGGUAUUAAGGCAACAUUCUUUGUAAUUGGAAGUAGAGUUUACGAAAAUCCCCAAAUUCUCAAAAAAAUUGUUGACUCGGGGCAUCAAAUUGGAUCACAUACAUGGUCGCACACACCACUCACCUCUCAAUCCACAGAACAAAUUAUUGCAGAAGUCAAAUGGACAGAACAGGCUAUCAAAGAGGCCGUCGGUCUAACACCUAAAUGGUUUAGACCUCCCCAAGGAGAUUUUGAUGAUAGAGUACGUGGGAUAUUGACACAACUUGGAUAUAAAAUUGCAAUUUGGGAUUUGGAUACAUUUGAUUGGCAUUCAAUGUCCGAUCCAACCUAUGAUUUAGCUUGGAUUCCAGGAAAUUUUUCAGUUUGGGUACAAAAUACAACUUCUACAGUUGGACAUAUUUCUUUAGAACAUGAUCUUUAUGACAAAACUGCUUCGAAAGCAGCAGAAGCCAUGGAUAUUGUUAUGAAGGCUAAAUUCAAUUUACAAAGCUUGAGCGUGUGUUUGGGUGAUGAACAACCAUACGUUGAACAAGUCACACUUCCUAAAUCCAAUCCUGUUGGAGGUCAAGAAGGAAAUGGAAAAUCUCCAAAAGGUAAUAACGGUAAAACUCCAGCCGAGAAACCUCCAGCCGAGAAACCUCCGGUUAUCAGCGCAAACGGUUCAAAUUCAAUUAAAAAUGAUGCAUUAUUAAGUAUUGUAUAUGGAUUAAUGAUGAUGUUAGGAAUCAUUUAUAUCUAA